UUCAUCGGGCAAGAUGCCCGCUAAUCUGUUCAUUGGCUCGGUGUCGGAGCUGGGAUCCUUCGACGAGUGCCUCGACACGGUGGUGAGGGAUGAGUCGGGCAGCGAGCUAAUCAGAGCCCAGUACUGCAGCCUCUACGUUCGGCCUGAAAGCGACGUCUCAGUCAUCGAGCUGUUCAAGCCGGCCUUACUAAUGACGCAUCCAAAGGCUCAAAACUUGGUAAAGUUCCUGAAAGACCCACGUGUUCCGGGCUUUCGCAUGGCUAUAUGUGUCGUCUCUGACUGCAGCCAAGAAGACCUGGAAGCCGUCGGUAGUGCACGUAAGUGUAUAAAAGCUUCUAUUCCUCAAUUUUAGCUCAGAGCUGUGUCGAACUAGCUCAUUUGCACGUGGACCACACCAGUGUGAAGAAAUAAACAGGACGCGAAAGUGUUGAUUCUUGGCGUUAAAUUCACAAGGAAAUUGUUUCCAAUAAGCUUCGCAGGCUUGCGCAAGAGCGUACACUGUAAAAAAAAUUUAUUUAAAACAACAGAAAUGUUAUGGCAGCUGCCUUGCCAGAAAACUUUUGUAAAUGUGUUAUUUUUAUUUUUUUCUGUUAUUUAGCAAGUUCUUUCUGUUUUACAUUAAGACACAUUCUGUGUUUAAAGAUAGUUAUCUGUUUUGUAUUACUGGAAAAGUUCUGUUUUCUGUUAAAAAAAAUUUAUUUAAUGAUGUUUUCUGUUUUCUUUCACAGAAAGUCUAUAAGUAAAACAAUUAUCCAUUUUGAGGCACAGACAAAGUUCUCUUUUCUCUUAUAAUUUUUCUGUUACUUCACUUUUUUUCUGUUCCACUGUACAGAAGUGUGAUGCGUAAAGACAAUUUACUAUCGUGAUGAAUAAUGGGUGAACCAGGACUGUCGAUGAAGCCAACGCUUUGAAAGGAAAUUUCUCAUCGUGUGGGCAGUAGCCGCCCUGACGAAAAGAAUUUUCUUUGUAGAAACGUUGACUGCAGCCGAUAU